UAAACACACAACAUGAGCACCCCCGAGCCCCCACCACCACUCCCCCCCGCGAAAUCCGCCUGCGCCGCCUGCAAGCACCAGCGCCGCCGCUGCGCCGCCGACUGCCCCCUCGCCCCCUACUUCUCCGCCGACCGCCAGUCCGACUUCGCCAACGUCCACCGCCUCUUCGGCAUCAAGAAAGUCUCCAAACUCCUCCAAUCCGUCGCCCCCCGCCACCGCGACGACGCCGCCAAAUCCAUCGUCUACGAGGCCAACCUCCGCGCCAUGCACCCCGUCGCCGGCUGCUUCGGCGCCGCCGCCGAGCUCCGCCGCCAGAUCCAAAUCUGCGAGGCCGAGCUCGAAAUCGUCAGCCAAAAUCUCGCCUUUCUAAAGCAGAAUAAUUCAUUCGUCGUUAAUAAUCAGGAAACGGAUUUUCAGAUUGAAGAAAAUAGUAAUUUGCAGCGAUUCUUCAACGAUCUUAAGCCCGCUUUAGCUGAUCAAUAAUUCAGAGAUGACAAAUUCUGCAUUCGUCGAAUUGAAAGCUUAUGGUUUCAAUUUAUCUUUGUACGAACAAGUAAUUGCAAAAAUACUUCCAAAUUCUCUGAAAAAUAAAUGAAUUAACUAAUUAAUAACAAUGUUAGCAAUGUGCAAAUAGGAAUAUUUUCUUUUGACGACCACAUAACUAGACUAUUACAAAGAUUAGGGAUCCUAUGAUAGGUACCUAUGUUUAAUUAUUUAAUGAAAUGAAAUUCCAACAAAAGAAUUUUAUGAUUCUUAAUUAUUCCCAAUUGUAAUUCUUUUUUCCCAACUAUUUUACUAAGUUUUGGGAUAUUUUAAUUGGUUUGUGAAUUCAAUCAACUGCAAAAUUUAAUAUCCUGUCAAUUUUUAUUUUUUAUUUUUGGGUAUUUUUCAAACAAAGCACAAGAAAUCUGAUUCAUUUUAUUUGAAAUCGUAUUCUUAGAAAUCAUAUCCAAAAAUAUUUACUAUCA